UCAUUCAUCUUUCACUCACCCCCUUUUCUUCAUCUCCCACCUUAUAAGUCUUGUACUCACACGAAGCCUCUCAUCAUAGGCAACAAGGCUUCCACAGACACUUUCACUCCUCCGUGACUUUCAACAGAAAGAGCUCACAUAGCUGUCUGCACCUUCAUCUCAUACCUCCUUUCGUCUCUUCCUAUCAACCUGACCCGCGACCAGAAACGAUUCUCAUCAAAACACCAUGUCGGCCGUAGACGAGCUGGCGAGAAAGUACCACUCGCAGAUUGGGCAGCUGCAAGGUCUCUUUCCCUCUUGGGAUGAAGGUGACCUGGCCUUCACGCUACAAGACGCCAAGGGAAACGUGGAGGAAGCGGCAUUGAUGAUCACCGAAGGCCGAGCGUCCCAGUUCACCCAGGCGACUUCGCGGAAGAAGAGUUCCAAGCCCGCCACUAAGGAUGUACCCUCAUCCAAGGCUCACACCAACAGAAAUGCUGACUCUGGCGGGUGGGAAGCCGUCAAUGGAGAUGUUGAAGGCCGAGCUGGUCGUGGCGGACGUGGUGGCCGAGGUGGACGUGGCGGUCGAGGUGGUCGAGGCGGCGAACCGUUUCGAGGCGCAAGAGGAGGUCGAGGUGGUGCCCGAGGUCGAGGCGGAUUCACCAAUGCGAAUGGCAAAAGCAAGGACUUGCCUACGACCACAGCAACUACCACGGAAGGAUGGGCGAAUCAAGUCGCACAAGCUACCUCUGAGGGUGCGGACGAGAACGGUUGGAGUGAAGCUCCCCUCGUGGACUCCAAAAUCGAUGGCGGUUGGGGAGAAGGCGAGGAUGAUUUAGCUCCUGCUGCUGCCAGCAAGGCGGACGAUUUCUCAGCAGCUGGUGGUCUGGGUGAUGCUCCGGCCAGAAACGAGCUCGAGAAGGCUGCGGCGCGAGGGGGAUCGAGCUGGCAAGAAACUAUCAAACGACCUGUUCAAGUGGCUCCUCCUACGGUGCCUCCCGCCCCGGCUCCAGCGGUCAAGAAGACUUGGGCUCAGAUCGCAAAGCCUGCCGAGAAACCCAAGCCCGUACCUCCCCCUGCUCCAGCGCCUAUACCUGCGGAACCUGUCAAGCAGGAUGUCACGUCAGACGAGCCAGUGGCACAAGACGAUGUCGAAGUACCCGUAGAGAUAGUCGAAGAAACUGUCACUCUGGAAGUAGAAGGAUGGGGAGAUGCUCCUGCUCAAUCCGAGUUCGAUGCCGCUGCCGCAGUCACUAUCGAGACGAUUUCAAUCGAGGUGAAGACCAAUGGCCAUGCGGAGGAAUUACUGCCGGAAGAAACCCUACUGGCAGAGGAAGAGUUUGACGACCCUGCCAUCGCGAGUGUUGGGGCUAAGCCAUCAUGGGCACAAUCUAAGCCACCACCCGUUGAAUCCGCCGCACCUCUGGCUCCUGAACCAGUCACGACGUACACUGUCCCUCCAGGUUUCAACGCAUUAGCCGCCAAGACACAAGCACAACUUGCACUUCAACCACGGACCAACUCACGAUCUGCCAUGAGACACAAAACGGCCGAUGAUCAAGGUGUCGUUCUUCCGCCUUCUCUCGGUGGGUUGUCAUCAAUGGAGAUGCAAUUUGGCAGUCUCAGCUUUGGAGGGAUGAAUGGUGAUGGUAUCGAUGCUCCUGUGCCAGAACCCGUCUUACCUUCAACUUUGGCUGCGCAGAGUCCUCCUCGUACUACCGCCCUUCCCCCCGUCUCUUCACCGAUUCGAGCUCCCCAACCCCCACCUGCUCAACCUGUACAACCUGCUGCAGUGCUCCCUGCUCAACAAGCCUCCGUUACUCAACCUUCUUCUCUGCCUACUUCUACGUAUCUUCAUCAGACAGCUCAACCAGCUCAACCUGUCGUACCUCAGCCAUCGGCACAACAUCAAGGUUAUCUCGCCCCUCAUCAAACUCUACAACAACAGAUGCACGCUUACCAAAGUCAAAAUCAAUAUCAUCAACAACAACAGCCUGCUCAACCACAAACUUCGCCCUCUGCUCAAUCGUUGGAACCCCCAGCUUCGAUCCAACCACAGCAGCAACACAACUUGUACGGUCGGCAACAAGAACAUUACGGUUCAGUCGGACAAUCUCCUCAUCAGGCUGCUCAAACUCCCGAAAGUCAACAUGCCACUCAACCUCAACAUGCUCAAACCGGUCAACCGGCAACCCCACAAGCCGCCGGUGCGGGUCAAGGUCAAUAUGACAGUUUCGGUUCUGGAUUUAGUCAAUCGCAUCUUUACGGUCAACAGAACCAACCUGCCGAAUAUGGUCAAAGGACAUACGAUUCAUACUCUGGUGCUGGUUACCCUCGUCCGCCGAUGGAAGAAAAGCAAACACCUGCUCAGAGUCAUACGCCUACCGGAGGUCACCCUCAGCAUGGUCAACAAGUACCUCAAGGAGCACCUUACUAUGGUCAAAUGGGAAACAUGUAUUACCAGCAAGCGCCUUACAACCCGUACAUGCCUUAUGGUCAAGCCCCUCAACCAGGUUUCCAACAAUACUAUCCCAUGUCCCAGCGUAACCUCUAUGGUCAACCUUCCGCUCCUCUUCCUCCAGCCCAACCCAAACCUGCCGCACCUACUCAAAGCUAUCCCUUUUCAGGCGUAGGAAACACAUAUGACGAACAAUCUUUCGCCUCUUUGAACAGGUACGAUAAGCCUCAUGUUUCUCAAACUCACCUUGGAUCUCAUGGUCAACAUAACGUACCUCAUCACGUCCCAGCUCAAGCUCAAGGUCAAACUUUAUCUUCUUCGUAUCCCAACACAGGGGGAUUACAUAGUUUCCUAGGAACGCACACCACCACUCCUACCGCAGGGGCUAACACGACAAACUCCAACUCAAAUGCUAGUAAUACAAAUGCGGGAAGACAAACUGCUACUCCUGAUGAAGGAUUAAAAGGACAGACUCAACAAGGUCAAGGCCAAACUCAAGGACAGGCAAGACCUGGUGCAUAUGGUUAUGGAGCUUAUGGGAAUCAAGAAUGGGGUCAAUAUGGCGGACAUUAUGCUGGGAACAGGAAUGGAUAUUCCGGUUGGCCUCAGUGAUUCUGGUCAUCACUUCCUGUCCUCGACACAUUUAAGGGAUUGGAGGAGGUAGGGUAAGAAAGAAGAGUCGGAAAGGGGAUCAGCUAGAGCGGUAUAUGAAUGUGUCUCACGGAAGAGAGGUAGAAGGUGAGAGGUAGGAGGUAGGAGGUAGGGGAGGUAGGAGAGGAGAGAGAGAGAGGAGAGAGGAGAAAGAGAAAGAGGUGAUCAUUAGAUUGAGGAUGAGUUUGAUAGGAGAGGGAAAAACACCACCUUUGAUAGUCUGUACAUAACAAACCAAAACACAUCUCACCACAUCCAACAGGGGUUGGUCAUAUCAACCUGUCUUCUUUUCGCCCAAAACGACCAACACUUCAUCGUAUGUAGGUUUCUGACGAUGAAUGGUCGUGAGCAUGG